UCAUUCGGUUCUGUCAGGAAUUCACUAUCUCAGUGCUUGAUAAAGAAGCUUGACAGAUCCUGCCUCUGCUUUUAAAAUGCUAAAGAAAACAUUAUUGAGAACUGUUGUAUUUUACGCCUGGAUUGAUUUUCAGACUUGGUUUGCUUGGAGCUGCCCUGACACAUGUUAUUGUUUCAAGGAAUUGAAGGUCUUCUGUUCAAAUGAAUCAAUGACAGAAGUUCCCAAAGACAUUCCGGUCCAUGCCACUGAACUUCUGUUUUUGGAAACAUCCAUAGAUAUGUUAAACAACAACACCUUCAAGGAAAAUAAAGACUUACAAAAAUUAGUUUUUAUGAACAAUAAGAUAAAUGCUAUAGAACUGGAAGCAUUCUACUGGAUUCCCCUCCUCACUGACCUGGAAAUAACAGCCAACCCAUUAUCAAAGUUACAGGUUGGGAUAUUUAAUAAACUGAAAGGACUGAAAAAACUUGUGAUUACAUACAAUAAAAUAAAGAAGAUUCAGUGUGAGCUCUUUAAAGAUACUCAUAACUUAGAAAGCCUAGCUUUACAAGGAAACUAUAUCGCUAACAUCUGCAGUGAAGCGUUCAGUCAUUUAAAUAAUCUACUAGAACUGAACCUCGGCUCCAAUCAAAUUAAGACCUUAUCAAAUAAACUUUUUGAACAUCUCCCAAAACUUAAAGUUCUCAAAUUGAACAAUAAUGGAAUAUCUGAACUCAGUGAUGGCACAUUUGAUACACUCGGGGAACUUACAGAGCUUUCCUUGAGCUGGAAUAAUUUAACCAGUAUUCCAUUUGAUAUUUUACAAAAGUUAUUAUCUUUAAAGAAAUUAAAUCUUAUUGGUAACUCUCUUAAAGUAAUAAAACAUAAAACGUUAUUCACUUUGUCUAACCUUACUAUGCUUUGUCUAAAUAAAAACCAGAUAGAAUAUCUUUCUGUUGGAAUUUUUGAUGGACUUUCCAAUUUGAUUAGUCUAUCAUUGAAUGGGAACAAGCUGCAGUCUAUUCCCAGCACAAUGUUUUCCAGUUUAAUCAAUCUUAAUGAAUUAGUACUAUCUGAUAAUCAAAUUAAAACUCUACAAAAUAAUGUUUUUCAUGGCCUUACCGCUCUCAAGCACCUUUAUCUUGAAAACAAUAGUAUAAGUUACAUCGAGAAUAAUGUUUUUAAUAAUAUGAGUCAACUUAACACACUCACACUUUAUGACAAUGAACUGACCAUGCUUCCAGAAGGAAUCUUGGAUUCACUUUAUAACCUGAUUACUUUGUCACUCCAUGGCAAUCUAUGGUUAUGUGAUUGUCCAUUGUCAUAUCUUCUGAAAUGGACAAAGGAGAACCAAGAUUUUGUCCAGAUUCCUGAAUUCACCUGUGCAGGACCACCACAUCUCAAGGGAAAAAUGAUCUCAAUACUCAAAAAACAAGAUUUGGGUUGUCAGCUUGCAAAAAACGUUCCUGAGUCAGGUUUACUCAAGAUUCUUAAAGGAAAUAACCCAUUUAGUUCUAGUGAUGAAAAAGAUGUUCCCACCAACACUUGCUCCUAUUUCUUAAAUAAUAAUGGCAGUUUGUUCCUGUACUGUGAACUUAUAGUUUGCAGCAUGAUGACUGUCAAUGUUUCUAUUCUGCAGGAGACAAAUGCAAUAACAUUCACAAACAUAACUAAUAAUAGCCAACCUCACUGUGAAAUAACCAAAGUUAAUGUCACCAUCACAGUCACAUAAAGUAUCAAUUCAUUUGCCAUAUUUUAAUAUAUUAGAAGAUGAAAAGUAGUUUAACAGUAUUAAUUCACUGAUCCCUCGACAUUGCAAAUUUUCCAUAACUCCAAGAAUUACUUAGUGGAAGGAUGACACUUUUUUUUUUUUUUUUUUCAGUUAGAGAAAUAUCCCCACCUGGUCCUAUAGAACUAUAUAAAUUAAUGUUUGACAUGUGAAAGCAGAGAAAAGAGGCUGUCACACAAUAACACAUAUUUUUCUAACUUUAAAUUCCUUGACCUGAACAAGACAAUAUGCACUGCAUGGUCCUUAUACAGAAACAAUGAAUAGUAUCAUUGGAUGAGAUACUCAUAGAAUAAUUCCUAUUAUUUCCCCUUUUUUUCUCUCUUCUUUCUUCUUCUCUUGGAGUAUGAAACUUCUAAUACUGUCAAUGACUUAACUAGUAUCUGUAAUCGUCUUAUUGUUGUUGCCUACAUUCAUUAUGGUAUAUUUUCUCAAUAAAAUUACAUUUAAAAAUAAGAAAAAAGUAAUAUUA